AUGGAUCUCUGCAUUAACAAGUCUAUCGUGAACACACCACUUUCUUGUAGUGACAAUGCUACGUGGAAUUUUGUGCAAAUGAAUAUGACGCUACUACCCAUUGCUCGCCCAGUGCCAGUCAGCAUCAGUCACAGGUUUCAGGAAGGAGCGGUACUAUCGGGGGUAAAACCUUCUACGCCGACUCAGAAAUUACAUCGUCGACUACGCCAGCAUACGACCAAUAUCAGCCCUCGAAGACAUGAUCUAGACUGCAAUGCUAUACGACCAACAGCUACGACAACGUCUCAUCCAAAAAGCUCCAAUCGAGGGCGCCCCCCGACCCCAAGAUUAACUUGUGGAGCGAAACGAAAAAUUUCGGAGACAUGGCACGUACCAGCUAUUGACGCUCCAAUGCCCCCACCGGCAGUGAGUGUGUCAAUGAGAAUGCGCAGCUUUAGUGAAGACUUGUAUACUCCUGCCACACGCAGUGACUGUGGCUACUCCAGUGACCCAGCGGGACAAAUGCCGUUGGGGUACAGUCCGCUGGAUCGAAGUGCUAGCCUGUCCUAUGGCUGUGCUGCUAAGUCUAAGGGUCUGUACAAAGGUAAACGAAUUCUGGAGCUACAGAAUGAAGAUCGUCGAUUCCACCCGGACGAUCGAGGUACGGCCCCGCCAUCGUCCAAGCGAAGCAAGCACCAGUCGUAA